AAAAGAAAAUAGUGAAAUAUGUUGACAGAAAAAGGGUAAUUUUUUUUCAGAAUCUUGUUUAGGAAAUUAAAUUAAAUUUCAUUAGUAAGAAAAUUUGAUAUAGACUAAUAUAACAAGAACAAUGAAGAAAUGGUGUUGACUAAUGACCAACAUCAUUAAUAAUUAAGAAAUGCUAUUGACAAAUGACUAAACUAAUUAAUAAUAAUUUAUUGCAUCUGUAUAUUUUCUUGACUGGAAUUUAUUGUUUUUUUGGUAAUCAAUUUAUUUUUUUCAUUUAAGAAAAAGAGCUUCAUAUUCCCUUUAUUCUACUUCGAAAUUUUCUUCAGUCAGAUUUUUUGCGAUACAGAUUCAUCCUUUGGUGUGAAUGAUCAUGGCUGUCCCGGAAAAUGCUGAUCUGAAGGUGGACUCUUCUGAUCAAAAUCUAGACAACAACACUGCUUCAUUAGCAGCUACGAUGAUGCCGCCAUCUCCUGAUGAUCAGAACCCUGAAUCCAACUCUUCUGUUGAGACACCAAACUCAACAAAGGGAAGUGAAGGGGCUCUCAAGAGUGAGAUAAGUCAUAUAGAUGUUAAGUUUUCUAAACUAAAUCCGAUGGCUAAGGAGUAUGUUCCACAGCCCCUUGCUCCAACAAUCCCUGUGUUUGUGGAGAAUAGCUUAUGGUUUACCAACAGUUUCGCAAUGCAAGCUUUCUCUGCUGAGGACAAUGACCUUUUCGAUACAAGGAGAAUGAACUUUGGCCAAUGGAAGCGAAGGAUGAGCAAGAAAACAAGCCUGGCUCAGAAGGAAGAAGUAAUCAGGAGAACUGUCCAUGUCUUAGACAUUGAUCAACAGGCUACUGAAGAGCAACUUGCUGGUCUCUUUCAAUCAUGUGGCCAGGUUGUUGAUUGUCGUAUAUGCGGUGACAAUAAAUCUAUUCUCCGUAUUGCCUUCAUUGAAUUCACUGAUGAAGAGGGAGCUAGGUCUGCUGUAAGCCUAUCAGGAACUCUGUUUGGUUCUUAUCCUAUAAAGGUUCGUCUUUCAAAAACAGCUAUUGCACCUGUGGACCCGAGUCUUCUUCCAAAGUCUCAGGAUGAGCGUGAGAAAUGUGCAAAGACUGUUUACUGUACUAAUAUCGACAAGAAGGUCACUCAGAUGGAACUGGAAGAUUUCUUUAAAACAGCAUGUGGGGAGAUUCAGCAUGUGAGGCUUAUUGGAUACUGUCAUCACCAAACCUUUAUUGCUUUUGUUGAAUUUAAGCGGGUGGAAAGUGCAGUUUCUGCUCUUAAUUGCAGCGGUAUUGUCUUGGGCGGUCUCCCUUUACGGGUAAGCCAGUCAAAAACACCAGUGAGGCUAGACCAACCUGAUUUAAACUAA